UUAGGAAGAAGAAACUCUUUCGCCUACUUACCACUUAUUCCUUCUUCCUCCAAUUGAAAAAACAUCUGUUUUUUUUUUUGUCUUAUUUCCUCUUCUCCAAAACAUUGUACGAGUCUCAAUCUCUAACUGAUCCAAUUUCCUUUUUAAAAAAAAUGGGAAUUUCGAAGAAAUCUCAAGUUAGCAGAGGAUUCGACACCGAGGGAAAAAAGUUUGUCUUCGCCACAGUUUCGAUUCGGGCUUCACUGAAGCCGGUGAAGACGAAACUCAAAAGGCCAGAGAGAGAAUCAAAAGCUGAAGAAGAUGAUGAUAUUUGUAUCACUCCAACGGGGAGAGGAGCAGAAGCGCCAGAGAAACUGAAAUGUCCAGCAGCUCCAAGGAAACGCCAACCGGCGUUGAAAUGUCGUAGCAAUAUCGGUAUAGAGUUCUUUGUGCCUCCUUCAGAUUUGGAGUCGGUGUUUAUACAACGCCGUUAAUAUAAAAUAUACUGUUAACAUAUUGAAUUAAACUGAAAUUCUCAUUAAAUCCAAAUGUAUGUACAAUUAGUCUAUAUAUAGACUUUGAGAUUAAUACAUAAGAUAAGCAAAAGGAAACUUAUGCUAUAUACUAUA